CCAGUCGUCUGCAGCUAAAGUUCACCGGUGUGGCGGUGUCAUCAGCUCAAUAAACACAGCUCUUAAACUUUCAAGAAUCUUCGUUUCGGCAUUCGAGACGCAAAGGGAGAGAUGGCGGGAGUGUCGGAGGUGCAAAAGAGACCAGGAGGGCGGCCAUUGGGUCCUCCUCAGAGAGGUCCUCCUCCUCUUCAACCUGUUGAUCGUGAAAAGACAUGUCCUUUAUUGCUUCGUGUUUUCACCGAGAUAGGGGAUCAUCAUUCCAAGGAAGAGUUUGCUGUAAGAGGCAAGGAGCCCAAGGAUGAGGUUCAAAUAUAUACAUGGAAGGAUGCCACUCUUCGGGAGCUAACAGAUUUGGUCAAAGAGGUGGCUCCAGCAGCAAGGAGAAGAGAUGCAAGACUGUCCUUUGCUUUUGUAUAUCCUGACAAACAUGGCCGUUUUGUGGUGCGACAGGUGGGAACGACAAUUUCUAAUAGAAAUGGGAAAUUGGAUGACGGGAAAACAUUAGCUGAGCUUGGUUUCCAGAUUGGAGAUUAUUUGGAUGUUGCAAUUAUGUAGAGAAGUUUUCACAUUUUUUAGUUUUUACGGUGUAUUAAGUUGGUGCAUCAUUAGUUUGAUUUUGGAUGUUUGUGGUAAGAUUAUAACAAUGUUGUAUUUGCCAAAGUUUUUAGAAUAUUAGCAAAAAGGAUGAACCUUGUCAAAUAGUAGACAGGUGGUGUUAUCUACUGCAUCUUCCUUAUUUCAUAUCUUGUUUUAUUCUGCAUGUUAUUCAUGAACAUUUUCUACAA